UUUAUUAUAAUGAUUGUUCUGCAGAUUAACAUAGGAUAUAUGAGGCUUAAUUACUAUAUUGGCUUGUUUCUUUUUGUGCCGUUCUCAGACUGAAAACUCGACCAAGCUCAACAAAUGUUCUUCUUUGUUCUCCCGUAUCUACGAGGGCUUUGAGCUCUCUCUGCUUUCACACCGAGGCUUCCUCACUUAUUCCGUGGCCAUCACCUUAUUCAAUGCCGGCUACUUCAUCCCUUACAUUCAUCUGGUCGCCCACAGCCGUCACAUUGGUUUCACUGAGUACCAGGCAGCCUUUGUAAUCUCUGUAACUGGUGUGGCAGACAUCAUGAGCCGUGUAGCCUCCGGCUGGUUCUCGGACCUGGGCAAAAUGCGGAUGCAGCACAUGCUGGUGGUGUGGACUGGGUUACUGGGGCUCUUUCUGAUGCUCAUUCCUGUUGCCGUGGUUUACUCGGGACUGUUGGUUGUCAGUGGGGUCUAUGGGUUUUGUGCAGGAGCGAUGACGCCGCUGGCGUUUGCGCUGGUGCCGGAAAUCGUAGGUAUAGAGCGAAUGCUGGGAGCCCUUGGCCUGCUGCAGCUCAUAGAGAGCGUCGGAGGGCUGCUGGGAGCGCCACUGUCUGGCUGGCUGAAGGACUAUACUGGGAUGUACAUGGUAUCUUUUAUCGCUGCUGGAAGUUUCCUCGUGUUAGGUAUGUUAGUUACAAUGACUCUUCCCUAUUUCUGGUCUUGUACGGCCCCUCCACCCCCAUCACCUUUAAAGAAGAAGUCUCAGCAUGAAUCCAUUGAAGAUGGACUUCUCAAACAAACUCUGUCCUCAAAUUCUGUACCUGAGAUACUCUGUCCCUUGGAUGAUAUACCCUACUUGGAUAAGGAGUAAAAGGUGUGUUGGAAGAGUGAUGUUACACAUCUAGUGCAAGAAUGAGAAGAAAUACCUCAGGAAAUGAUGCUUCAUACUAAUUUAGGGAAAAUAUUUAGAUUUUUUUAGAAGGAUAUUUUGCAUUGUCAGACAGGAUAUAGGCAACUAUUGGCAUUGGAAUCACAAAUCAUAUUGCACUGAAUGGUUUUAUACCAGAUUUUGCAGUAAAACUUUUUGUGGGUAAUUUCAGUUAGUGAAAUGUCCCCCAUGCCAAAGAAAAAUUAUGUGAAAUUUGCUAUUAGUGCUUUUCGCCUAAUAACAAGACAAUCAAUUUGAUGGAAGUUUUGAGAGCGUUUGAAAAGCAACAGUCAGUUUACAGCUCAAAUUUACAGUUAGCCUAGACAGAACAAAUCUGUCUUAAUGUUAAAUCUGGAUUGUUUACUCAUUCCUUAUAUAUAUACAAGUAGGCAAACACGUUUUUGGACAUGCAACAAAAAUUAUUGCACUUCAAAAGUUGUAUAACGGGAUAAUAGCAGCAUAAAUCCUUAUGACAUAAAUGCAGUAAAGUAUCUUUGCAGUUAUCAAGACCAGCUUUUCUUUUUGAUUAGAUAAUAAUGGCAUUUUAUGGUUGCCACAGUCAGACACCACAGCUGCAGCUGUACAGUGUAAUUUUAGUAUAAUUUAGAUACUGUUAUAGUUUUUAUAUUUUCAGUUUUCAUUUUAUUUAGCUUUACUGAUCAAUCAACAGUAUCCUUACUGCAACUGUAUCCAUAUCCUGAUGUAGAGUUAAUCUUUCUUAGACUUUCAAAAUAUGCAAAAAGUUUGCAUUUGGAAAGCUGUCAGUACUCGUUCUAAAAAGCCAUCUUUAUAGUUAUACAAAUAAUUUUAGAGAUACUUUAUUAAUAGCUCUAGUAUUUUUCUGUUCUGAAAUCAUUAUCUUUUUUAUUUAAAAAUAUAUUACAUUGAAUUAAAUUAUUAUUAAUUUAAAUUAAAUUAUUUUAU